UAAAUUAAAUUUAAUAUGGAAGAUAGACCUAGCAACUCAUUAAUUCCUAUCUCAACUAUAUCUUCUUGCACACCAAAUUUUUAUUAUAUUGAUAUUAAUACUGACUUAUCUAAAUCUGAUCUAGAAAUUAACAAUGGCCACAUUAUAAAUGCCAGAAAAGAUAUUGUAACCAAUUCACAGCAAACUAAUCAAUAUUAUUUAUUAUCACAAACUAUCACUCCAAUUUUAUCAGAUGAAAUUUUUUCAAAAUAUUUUCAGGAUUCUACAUCUCCUAGAUUAAAAAUAAAUUUAAUAAAUGAUUCCCAAUAUAAUUAUAAUACAUCUUCAAAAGUGCAAUGUAAUAAUUUAGAUAAUUUACCUCAACAAAAUCAUUCAAAGACCACAAGGGAGACUAUUUUACCAAUGUUAGUCGAUUCUUUACCCCACGUUCACGAAUAUUACAAUACUUUACCCCUCACGCCCAACCACAAAAACCUCAAAAACGUUUAUUACCAAAAUUACGAGAAUUCGGAGAUCCGUAGUAACUCCUCUCACAGGAAUGAUUCCUCGCCCGAAUACUCAGUUUUCAAUUACGAUAUUCCAAAAACAAUAGGUCCAAAUUUAGACAAGGAUGAUGUCAAACGGCAGAAUUUAAAUUUGCGAUCUGUGGUCAUGUCUCCCACGCUGCCUAGCGACGACGGGCCUUUCGCUGCUCAUCGAUCUAAAUAUGUAAAUUACGCCGGUAAACCGAACGAACAAGUUCAACCGCAUUCCUAUCUCGGGUCCGUUAUUCACGAAUCAUCGCCGAACGGGAUUGAUUACGAUAUCCCUUUUACGAAAUCUAAAUAUUCGAAACACUUCAAUCAUUCCGUUCCGACAUCCAAAAAAUGUAAAGAAGGGAUCAAGGCCAUACCGUUCUUAGGAAAAUCUAGCUCUUCGCUCGGUUACGACUAUCCAAAUAUCAAAUCUCGACACCAAACUCGCAACACCGGAAAUGGAGAGGCUGUUGAUCAAAUUUCUCAAGCAAAUAACGGAAACGAAAAAUUCGAUAUUGUUAAUUCCUCUAUUAAUUACGAUUCUCUUCCUACACGCAAAACAAAUCAUAAAGGCACAAAUGGCUCAAUUAUAUAUUGCUCUCAAAAUACACACUACGAUACAACAAAUAUCCAAUCUAUGCCUGGUACAAACGACUCAGAACAAAUAUAUCAUUAUUUGAACCAUCUUUGCAAUUCUGUCGAAGAGAAUGGAAUUGAUAGUAGUUUAUUUACUGACUCGAAAUUGAAAAACAACGAGAAUGGUGAUGCCAAGUCUGGCGUUAAAAGAAACGCCAUGCCCGCCACUCUACAAUACAUCGAUAUUCAGGUUGUCACGGACGAGAUAAACAGUAAUAAAAUUUGUCAUAAGUGUCCUAAAUCAAAACCCUUACAGAGGAACAAUAUUGAAGAGAAGACUUAUAAAUGCGAUAAUAUGUUAGAAAAUCAUGCGAAAAAUUCCUUAUUCGAGAAAGUCGAUGAUUUGAAUCCGAUUAAAAGGAAUAAUGAUAUGCUCGAACCUAAAGAUACGUCUAAAAUAUCGAACAAGAUUUUCAAAGAAAAGGUUUCAAAAUCAUUGCUGAAAAAAGUGUACACCAGGUUUAAAGAAAGUUUGCGCCAGAAACCAAGUCAACACGAUACCGGCAAAUCAUUCCGUUAUAAUAAUGCUCACUUACCUGCUCAACCCGUACCUCUCUCCAGAAUAAUUACACAAUCACCUAGAAAAGACGACAAUCAUUGUCCUAAUAAACUCAAGAAAUCAGAUAAUAACAAAAAAUUUGAUCCUCAACCCUGCCCCAUAACAAAAAGGAAAACCGUCAUCAAAUCCAAAUCGGGCUUAAAUUUGCGCAGUAGAGUUUCUGGAUUAUCUAUUUCCUCCUUGAAUCCUUCUAGAAAGAGUCGUUUUUCUAAAGAUGAUCUAGAAAUUACUAGCGAGAGCUCAUCUCAUCUAAAUGAUUUUUCUAGCAAAGCUGGUAUAAACACUAAAAAUCAGGACAUAAUAGAACGCAUAAUGGGACGUUUGUCAUAUCAACAAAUUGAUUUCGAAAAAACGGAAGCUUUAAAAAUUUUGUCGGAACAGGCAUGAAAUUAAGAUCGAAAAUAAAGCACGUCAUUCAUUUUUUUGCGUAUCAUGUUUAAAUUGUGAAUUUUAUUUGGUUAUAUUUAGAAAGAAUUUAAAACGAACACCGAUAUAAUAUGACCAUUAAAUUUGGAUAUAUUUUUUAUAUUACUUUAGGAACGAAAUUAUUAUAAAAUAUACUCUCUUUAUAAAACAAUAGAAACAUUUAGAUACACCCAGGUAUUUAUUUUUAAAUAUAAUUUUUUCUCAAGCAAAUAUAUUAUUAUUUUAUAAGUCAUUUUUAAAUGCAAUAUUUAUUAUAUUUCUCUCUUUCUUAUAACUAUAUAAAUAUUCGCUAUACGCAAAUAUUAGAUAUUAAUGGCACAUAUAUUAAUUUAAUUUAGGAAACCAAUUAUUUUAAAUUAUAAUUUAUUAAGAUAUAAAAUCCUACGUUAGACAUAAUUACAUUUUCUGAAAUUUUCGUCGUAUUAUUUAUAAUAUAUUACAAAUAUGAUUCUUUUGAUCCACGU